GUUUCUCAAUGCGGCUAUGCUUCCGACCUUGAUUGCCAUAUUGGCCUCGUCUUCGGUUGCGGCCAAAACUUGCUCACCAUUGAAGAACAGGGACAUUUUCUCCACUGUGGAGGUUGAGGUUGGAACGCCAUCCCAGAGGUUUGAGCUGGUGGCAGAUACAGGCAGCAACACUCUGAUUGUGCAGUCCUGCGUAUGCCAGGAGCUGGGCUCAUGUCCUAGUAGCUUUGGGAGGUGUUUUCGUGGCAAUGCAACCUCUACCUUCUCCAUCGCUAGGAGCCAGAAUGGAGAUGGUGAUCCCCAUGUUUGGAUUCUGAAGUAUGGCAGUGGUGACAUAGAGGCGCUGGUGACUACAGACUUUGUCUCUGUAGGAAGCUACACCGCCCGCAUGAACAGCAGUCUUCUCCUGAUGGUGAGCCAAUCACUGAACUUUGACGCCAGCUUCGAAGGCAUUUUGGGCCUAGGGGUUCCCAACGUCACGGCGAAGAUUGGACCAGCAGGAGGUACACACAGGCAACCGGAGGUCCUCACAAGUUUCUUGGAUGGUGCCAGGGUGAACCACUUCUCGUUGUGUUUCAACUCUGGCAACGAUGGUGUUUUAGCUCUUGACUAUGAGACCGCUGCAAAGCCUUUGGCCAGCACCUCGCGUGAGCAUUGGCAAUUGAAAUUGCUGGGAGCCAGUGUGGCUGGACAUCAGAUUUCAAUGGGCCAGGAUACGGCCAAACAUUCAGCGAUUCCGGACUCUGGAACCACUUUAAUCACAGGACCCCAGGAGCAGAUUGCAGCCUUGCUGGAGUCGAUUUGUGAAAAGUGGCCGCGAUGCAAGACAGCCAGAGAGGAACUCAAUAUCGCAAUGGUCCAAACGCUCUCCAAGACAGCAUCCAAAGGUGGAGUUGCCAGUCGUUCCAAGACCAGGUUGCUGGAUGCUUAUGCAAGAUGGCAUGAAAGUUCUGCAGGUGCUUUUGCCCAGGCCAAUGCCUCCUUCACGGGCUCUGGCGCCUUUGCUUUGCAGAUGCUGAUGGAGGAUUGUAGCAGCUGGAAGACGGGGGUUCACUUGAAUGCUGAGAUGCCUACCAUCAAGCUUCAUCUUGAAGGAGCAGAUGGAACCAAUCAGGACGUCCAACUUCUCCCCAGCAGCUAUGUGGCGGAGGUCACUGCGAAUGCCAUGGUCUGGACUCAAAAGUACUUGCUAGGUAUUCUGCCGUACUGGUGGCCUGAGCUUGAAGAAGAUUCGAGUUGUGCCACUCUGCUGGGCAGCGCGGAAUAUGUGGGCCACCAGGUCUGGAUUCUGGGGACCCCACUCUUCUACAACCGCCGUGUUCACUUCGACCUUGGUUCACCUCCAAGUGUUGGCUUCAGUGACGAGCCAUGUGGCAGCUGUGUUUCUGGAGAGUACCAGAAUGACAUCUCCCUGGCCCAAAGUCACAGUGCUGGCAUGCGGCAACUGAGACACCCUGGCAGAGUUCCGUGGCCGAAAACCUCUGAGUCGUACUGA